AUGACCAAGACCAAGAGCAAGUCCAAGUUCCCCCGAGGCCCACUUGGCCCCCGGUGCAGCAGCGAGCGUGCUACCUGUCGCUUACGCAACAUCCAGAUCCUCCGUCGCCUCGCGGACGAUACCAACAACCCCCGCCGCGCGAAACAUGAGGAAGAGCUCCAGCGUACCGAAGCUGCCCAGGCCCGUUACGAGAAGCAUGGCACUGGACGUGGGGCUAUCGCGCAGCCCAUGCACCCCGUCUACAGCGACUACAACACCGGAUUCACUCUCGACAUCCCCAUCAGUUUCGGUGGUGUUGACGUCGUGCAUGCUCAGCAUGUUCCGGGCACUUCUAUGUGGCAAGCCUUUGGGCCUGUUCAGGUUGACACCGGCGUCGGUCACCUCAACGUGACCAUCGUCGGCAACCCAGCGGCGGGUCCUCCUGCCAUCCCCUCGGGUGGUCUCGUUCAGACCCAGCCUGACAACCUUACCUACUGGGACGGAGGCUACCCUCGUCAGCCUGAGUUCGAGCCUCACAACUUCCAGAUGGCGAGCCCGAGUCGCUCGCCGCUUCCGAACACCCCUCUCAUGUAUGCGCCAGUUCUGGGCCGCACGGUUGCACCCCUUCCACGUUCAUGCUCCGGUCAGACCAUAAGGCACUCCCGCCAGUCCCCUGCGGAGGACGCCAUUCGCUCCCACACUUCGGAGGCCGCUGCGUCGGCUAUCCUUGCCAAUGACGCCGGACCCUGCGAGAUGUGGAUCGGUACGCGUAGGAGGUGGAAUAGCCCUUCGUUCGACGACACGAAUCAGUGCGAUGAGAUUGCCAACAAGAAGUAUCGUGCCGGCGACGUGUACCACCCCAGCCGCCCUUACAAGCCUGCGUCACGCCGUGAGCCCGUUUCGCGCCGCUAG